UCGGUGUUUAAAGGGUGGCGCUGGCGUCUGAAAAGUUUGCUGGCUUCCUUCCUCAAGGAAGUCUAGGAGGCUCGCAAUUUCCAACUUUCUCAGACAGUAGUUUCCCACCUUAGAAUCAGCUUCGCCAAAGUACAAGCACCCAGUAGCCGAACUUGCAACCGCCUCUGCAGGGAGAAAUUAAAUUUUUUAUCUGUAAUUUGGAAGCUAAGUUGAUAACAAAAUGAAGGCAGCAAAGAAACUUCAAUCCAGUAAUAGCAAAUUAGCAAGUGUUACAGAAUUCUCUAAAAAAAAAGAAGUACUCAAUUUACCAUUUUCAUCUAAUCCAAAAGAAAAUCGUGGUGCAAAAUCAGUACGUGAUAGAAUUGAACCAAUGGUUCUAAGAUCUCCACCAACAGGAGAAUCGGUUGUACGGUAUGCUUUGCCCAUUCCAUCGAGUAAGACAAAGGAGUUAAUAGCAGAAGAUGAAAUGAUCAGAAAUAUUACCAAACAUCUGAAGAUGGUUGUUUCUGCUUUGGAAGAAUCCUAUGGAUUUGGUGUUGAAAGUAGAGCAAAACCAGUAGUGAAGCCUGAGGAGAAAGAUUCAUCUUUAUCUGUUGGGGAUGAUAUGAAUUCGUUCUUGGUAAAUUGUUCACAAUUUGCAGUUCAGCUAGAAGAAGCAGUUAAAGAAGAACGUAAUAUUUUGGAAUCUCUUUUUAAGUGGUUUCAGCGACAGGUCAAUCAAAUGGAGGAGCUCAGUAAAGACUAUAGUCUUUUAGAAGCAGAUCUUCUAGCACCUGAGAAAACAGUGACUUUAAACAUUUCAAAAGUAGUAACACAAAUGCAAAAACUUGAAGAACUGAAAAAUCAGCUUUUACGGAGGCCUAAAUACGCCUUGAAAGACACGCCAUGUAAACCCAUAGAUGAUAAAGAAAAUCUACCAGUAUCAGCAGACAGUUGUGAAAACAUACGGCAGAAAAUUGAAGAAUUCAUAAAAACCCACUCAAUAGAAGAUGUUUUAGAUGUUUCUGAGACCGAAACACUAGACACUGCUUCAGUGACUAAGCGAUUAAAUGUGGUGUUGAAAGUAUUUGAAAAUCAGUCAAAUAUGUUGAAAAGAGCUGUAAGUGAUCAAGGUUUAUUAGAAGCUAAGUACAAACAGAUGCAAAAUGAUUUCAAAUUGUUAUCAGAGGAGAAAUCAGUGCUGGAAAAUGAACUACACAAGUUGAAGGAUACAGAGAAAAAACGUACAUUUGAUCGAACAAAGAAAACUGUAAAAAUAGAGAAGAAAAAAGACAAAGAAAAGUCAGAGGAUUCAGAAAGGAGGUUGUCUUACAGCAGCCAGCUUAAAAUAAAAGAAGAUUUGUUUCAAGUCCAGAAAAGAGCAGUUGCUCUGGAAACUGAGAACAAAGUUCUUCAGGAACAACUAAAACAGGCUUUACAGGAAGCAGAAAGAAGUAAGCUUCAACUUGACCGUUUCCUAAAUCAAGGUGUGGAGUUUCUUAAAAGCGAAGGGAAGACCAAAACAAUGGAAAUGGGUUCUGAUAAAACACAAACUAUGCCAUUGGACAGAGAGACAAGGGCAGCAUUUGUUUCAAAUUCAGGUGGACAAAGGACAACUGAUAUAAUUGAAGAGAUCUCAGUUGUCCAAAAUCAAAGACCAAUUGAAGAAAGAUCCUAAUAGAAUUUCUGAAAUACUUUGGAAAAGUCUCCUAACCUUCAGAGAGUGGAUGGGAGUGAAGUAAGGAGACUCCACCUGAGCAGACACAUGGUAUUGCUUACAAUAAAGUACAGUGUUUUUGCACUUUGCAGCAUUUAAGAAUUUAUUUUGGCUUAGGGAAUGAGUUAGUGGCAAAUAUUUAAUCAAACAAUAGAUUUUAAUAAUUUAUUGUUUCACAUCAUAUGUGUUGUUAGUUUUUCUUGUUUUACAGCAUUGGAAUUCACACCUUUAAAAACGAAAAUGUAAACUAUUUCUUGGUGAUUUAUUUUUCAGAGUUACAAAUCCAAUCUACUUCUUUCUAAGUCUUUUUGUUAGAACUUGUAUGCCUCCAAUACUGUUUAGGUUUAUUAUAAAGCAUAAAAACAUACAAAAAAGCAGAAUGUUAAUGCAUGCCCAUUUUAUCCACAGACUAGAUGAUUAAUAUUAAAUUUACUCAUUCAGUCAUUAAACCCAUUCAUUCAACAAAUAUUUUUGACACCUUCAUAUGCCAAGUAUUUUCUAGGU